UCUCCGCUUCCCUGUAUUGGUUUAAUCCUCGGUUUAAACGUAAAAACAGUUACAUUUUUAAUUAAAAAUUAAAAAAUAUCUUUAAUAAAAUUAUAAUUUAAAAAUAUAAUAAUUUUAGUCAAGAGUUGAAGAAGUGGGGAGUGAGUCACCAAUUUGUUAAAGGGCUUGACCAUUGUUAAGUAUUUUAACAAGUUAUAGUCUUAAUUUUGAAAUGAAGAAGAAUGAUUAAGUUUUAGCAAUUUAUUUACUUUAAUUAAUUCGCCUUUUGACGACGGGGUUAUACUAAAGUUUUUUCUAAAGUGGGACAUUCUUUGUUUUACGAUGAGUUUUACAAGCGACGAAGUUAACUUUUUAGUGUACCGGUAUCUCCAAGAAUCUGGUUUCCAGCAUUCCGCAUACACAUUUGGGAUAGAAUCACAUAUUUCUCAGUCCAACAUAAAUGGAGCCCUUGUUCCUCCGGCAGCACUACUUUCAAUUAUCCAGAAAGGGCUUCAAUAUACCGAAGCGGAGAUCUCAAUCGGGGAGGAUGGUUCAGAACGAAUGAUUGAAUCGCUUUCCCUUAUCGACGCUGUGAUGCCGGAUGUCGUCGCAUCCAGGCAGAAGGAGGCAGAUCGUCAAAAAUCAAAGAAUGAAGAAGGAAACAAUAACAGUGAAGAGAAUGCUGUAAAGCACGCGUCAUAUUCAAAUGUCGGAGGCUCUGAAGGAAAUAAUGAAAUCGACUCGGCCAUUGAAAUUCCUGCGAGUAAAGCAACUGUUCUUAGAGGACAUGAGUCUGAGGUGUUUAUCUGUGCGUGGAAUCCCACAACAGAUUUGUUAGCGUCUGGAUCUGGAGAUUCCACUGCUCGUAUUUGGAACAUGACAGAUAGCUCGGCCGCCACCACUGGAAACCAACUAGUGUUGCGACAUUGCAUUCAAAAGGGUGGAACAGAAGUUCCUUCAAAUAAAGAUGUCACCUCAUUGGAUUGGAAUUGCGAUGGAACCCUCCUCGCGACAGGAUCGUAUGAUGGUUACGCCCGAAUUUGGACGACGGAAGGAAGGCUAGCGUCCACUUUGGGACAACAUAAAGGGCCAAUCUUUGCUUUAAAAUGGAACAAGAGAGGAAACUACAUACUUUCUGCUGGAGUUGAUAAAACAACGAUUAUUUGGGAUGCUGCAUCGGGCCAAUGUACCCAACAGUUUGCUUUCCAUUCUGCUCCAGCUUUAGAUGUGGACUGGCAGUCGAACACGUCAUUCGCGUCGUGUUCUACGGAUCAGUGUAUUCAUGUUUGUAAACUAGGAAUGGAUAAGCCCAUAAAAUCCUUCCAGGGUCAUACGAAUGAAGUUAAUGCGAUCAAGUGGGACCCCCAAGGAAAAUUAUUGGCUUCAUGCUCUGACGAUAUGACAUUAAAGAUUUGGUCAAUGACACAGGAUGGUUGCGUCCAUGAUCUGCAGGCCCAUUCCAAGGAAAUUUAUACUAUUAAAUGGUCACCGACCGGUCCAGGAACAGCAAACCCGAAUAUGAACUUAAUCCUGGCCAGCGCCUCAUUUGAUUCAACCGUUAGAUUAUGGGAUGUCGAGCGUGGCAACUGCAUUCACAAAUUGACCAAGCACACCGAACCGGUGUACUCAGUUGCCUUUUCACCAGACGGGACAUUGCUAGCAUCUGGCAGCUUUGAUAAAUGUGUUCAUAUUUGGAGUACCCAGACUGGACAACUAGUCCACAGUUACAAAGGAACUGGUGGAAUAUUCGAAGUGUGCUGGAAUUCUCGUGGAGAUAAGGUCGGAGCAUCCGCAUCCGAUGGCUCCGUAUUUGUCUUGGACUUGCGAAAAAUCUAAAACAUUUGCAUCAAGUUGACUGUUUUUAUAAAACUUUUUGAAACAUUAAAGUGUAUCCCAUCAUACCACGUAGUGAUCAUCUUUAGCGGAUUAUUCCCCAUUAACUAAAUUACAAACUUGUGGAAAUUCCAAUUCACUUGGUGCAACGUUUUCUAAUUUAAUUGUAUCUUUAGAAUAAUAAUAAUCCUAAUUCAGAAUAGUUUAAAAGUGUUUAGUUAAAUUAAAUCUGAUCGCACCAAAUAACUUGGUGACUAAACUGUUAUAAUACCAUAACUCGUAAAAAUAAGUAAAUUAUGUAAUCAUAUAUGCACGUAUCGUUUUAUGUAUUAUUAAUUAGUUUCGUUUUAAUGCAUCUUAUCAUUUUCAUAUGAACAGUGCACUAAUAUUGUGGCUCCUAAGUUAGAAAAAUAUUGUGAACUAAACUAAUAUAUUAUCCUGAAUGAUACACUUGUGAAAAUAUAAUGAUAGUGACAAUCUUCAAUUAAUUAUCUCUUGCAUUGUUGUGAAUGCCUGAUUUUUCUAAGGGCGACAAUAUUUUAAUUGCGUUAGCACAUAUUUAGAGACUAGAUAUUAUUGCAUAAUAUCCUGCAUAUGUGUGUGUGAGUGUAAGUAAUUUGGGUGAAAUGGUAUGGGUUGAUUUUACUAUUUGAAAUGUCUACUAUUUAACUAAUUAAAUAUAUAAUAAAUGUUCCAAUUUUAAAUAA